AUGCACUGGGCAAACCCGCUCGUCGUUUGCCCCGUGGCCUCCUACCAGCUGGCGGCUCUGCCCUUCGCCGCUCUCUUCCAUCACCUCUGUGCAUCGCGACGCCUCUCUCUGAGUGCCCGGUACGCCUCCCUGCUCGCUGGAGGAUGCCUCCUUGCCAGCGCGUCCGCGGGUGGCUACGCCGUGCUGCUCUUCAUCCCCGCAGCUGCCUCUGUGCUCAUCCUCCUCUUCGUCAGCCCGGCGCGUGUGCACAGCUGGGCCUUCAGCCUCCAGAUGUCCUGGCUGACACUCUGCCACCUGGGCCUGCGGAGCCAGGUGCUGAACCCACAAGAUACUAGGUCAGCUGUUGUCCUCUCUGCCCUCAUGCUGUUGACCCAGAAAGUCACAUCUGUGUCCCUGGAUGUCCAUGAGGGCACCAUCACACUCCAGCCUGGCCGGGGCGUUCUGCAGCGAGCACUGCCUCUCUGUAGCUACUUGCUCUUUUUCCCAGCCCUCCUAGGAGGUCCCCUGUGCUCCUUCAGGAGGUUUCGGGCCCAGAUCGAAUUCCCGCUCGCUUCCCACCGCCUGCUGGGGACUGCUGGCUGGAGAUGCCUCUGUGCGUUGGCUCUGCAGGCAUUACGCAUGGCACUGCAGGGUCGCUUGGCCACCGUGUGGGGCUGCACUGGCCUCGGCUGUGUGAGCAGCGUGUGGGCACAAGCGCUGCUCUUCAAGCUGGCCUACUAUUCGCAGUGGAUGCUGGAUGAGGCCCUCCUGGAGGCCGCCGGCCUCGGGCCGGAGGAAGGCCAGGGUGACCUCUCGGGCAGCGACCUGUGGGCACUGGAGAGCACCAACCGCGUGUCAGUCUUCGCUCGGACCUGGAACAAGAGCACAUCGCGCUGGCUGAGGAGGCUCAUCUUCGAGCGCUGCCCGGCCUGGCCGCUCCUCGCCACCUUCGCCUUCUCUGCCUGGUGGCACGGCCUCCAGGCUGGGCAGCUCUUUGGAUUCCUGUGCUGGGCCAUCAUGGUGGAGGCCGACUACCGCAUCCAUCCCUUCCUCCGUGCCCGGGUUGCCUCCCGUGGUGCUGAGAUCCUCUACUACGGUGCGACCUGGCUCUUCACCCAGCUCAUCAUCUCCUACGUCCUGGUGGCCGUAGAGACCGAGAGCUUCUCUGAGCUCCACCGGCUCUGGGCUUCCUGCAGCAGCAUCCUUCCCGUCAGCUACAGCCUCGCAUUGCUGCUGCUGCUCGCCAGGAGAGCUAAGCAGAGCUGA